AUGGAUAGAUCGGUAAUAAUCGAUGCGCUCAAAUCGAUCGUUCAGACUUGGUUUAAAGAGGAUCCGAAUCGCGUGACGGUUCGUGCGGCGCGAAGUCACGUUGAACAAGAAUUGGGCCUUGACCAGGGGUUCCUUGAGAAUGAGGAUUGGAAGGCGGAGGCAAAACGGAUUGUGAAAGAUGAGUUUGCAGCUCUCAACGAGGAGUUGGAUAAACGAGAGAAUGAGUCGAAGAAGAAGCCCGCUAUUGCGAAGAAACCCACUGCUGCCACAACCAAAAAACAGACCAUGCGCUCAAAGAGGUCUGCGGCAAUGGAGGAAGGCGAAGCAGAAAAGGCACCCAAGGCAAAACGAGGUAGACCCUCUUCGAAGAAAAUAACAGAGGAGGAAGAGGCCACUGGAUCGCCAGAAAAGGCGCCUGCAAAACGGGGCAGCCCUACUACCGCAACAGCGAAGAAACUUGCACCGAAGAGAUCCCGGGCGAAACCUACUGUUAGGGAAGAAGAGGAUGACCAGGAGCUUGAGGUGGAUAUUCCAUCUGCACACCCGCUGUCGUCUGCUGCGAUAACUCCGGAUAGUGAUAACAAGCUGUCGGAUAUUCCAAAUGAGAAGUCCCCGGAGGAACUGAAGGUGCUCUCUCGACCAAGUGCCAAAUCUACGCCUACGAAGGAUAAAGACUGCAGUGAGAGUGAGCUAUCGGAUGUCUCAGAAGAACCCCCAAAAAGAAAGGGCAAGCGCGCACUUGCCGCAAGGCCUAAUACUCCCAAAAAGAAGGUGAAGCCCUCACUAAAACCAGCGGAAAUUAUCGAAGGUCCAGGGAAGGACUUCAAGACGAUCCUACAGGACAGGUCUAUGCCACCACUGGAUGCAGAUGCAGAUGAUGCAGGUGCUGGAAGCGAUAGUGAGAUGUCUAUUGUGCUGGAUCCAACACCCCAGAAGGGACGCUCCUCGAUCACCAAGGUCCCGCCGCCCAAAAAAACGAAGGGUUCGAAGGCUCCUGCAAAGAAGGGAAGGGCCAAAAAAACAGAUUCCAGCACAAAACUUGACCCAGAACAGGAGCAGCUCAAAUCCCUCAAAGCCUGGCUCCUUAAAUGCGGUAUCCGCCGAAUCUGGGCGCGCGAGCUUGCAAAAUUCGAGACGUCACGUGAGCAGAUUGCGCACCUGAAAGGAAUCUUGACUGAUAUUGGGAUGACGGGCCGGUAUAGCGCUGAUAAGGCAAAGAAGAUCAAAGCAAAACGUGAGCUGAAGGCAGAGCUCGAGGCGAUUCAGGUCAACGCGGGAUCGUGGGGAAUGGAAGAGAAAGAUACUGUAGAAGAUGUUGGGAGGCCGCGGAGGCGAAGCGGUGGGAGGAAGGCUAGGAUUGUGAUAGAGGACGACGAGGAUGAAGAGGAGGCGGACGAGGGGGAAAAUAUAGUGAGAGCAAGAGAAAAGGAAAUGGAGGAUUUGGCGUUUAUGGAUGGGCAGAGUGAGUCGGAGUAG